ACACAUCACACUCCGGCUGCCGUCCCUUCCAUUGCAUCUCGCUCUCCUCGCAAGUCGCAGCAGCCUCGCCCUCGCUCUCGCAGCAAGCGCUUGCGCGAGCUUUUACUCUACUCCAUCCCCCUUUGCUACUUUUGGGGACCUCCAGGCCUCUCAAAUCCAGAGAACCAAAAAGGAGAGAGAGAGAGAGGGAGCUUGUCAGCCCAAGAAAAGGUUCCUUCCCCUCCUUCCCCACCUUGCCCUCAACCCCCCAUCAUCCUCUCACAUCCGAUUGUGCCCUGUCGCUCUGCGGUUCUCGGAUCCAAGAUUUGGCUGGCCGGCCGGCGGUGGCUCCAGGAGCGGGACAAAGACUGGAUUUUUCCGGCCAUGGAGGCGUGGCCUGAUCCGUUCAGGCCCGGGCGGUGGAGUGGCUUCCUCACCAGGUCUGAUUCGUAUUGGUUCAAAUGAUCUGGGCGGCUUGAUUGGUUGCUUCAGCUUCCGCUUCCGCCGGGGGAUCGGAGCUAGGGCUGUGGUUUCUUGGCCGGCUGGUGGAUUCGUCGGCUUGGGAUCUUGGGGGUUGUUGGUUCAGCACACGAGCCGAAGGUCUGCGUAGAUCCCCUCUUCGCUUCCUUGACCGAUUUGUGCUGCUGGGGUUUUGGUUAGUUGGUUCUGGUGGGAGAUGAUUAAGCAGAUCCUUGGCAGGCUGCCGAGGAAGCCGGGGAAGGCUGGGGAUAGCCGGGAAGCUGCUGCUGCGGGGAAUGGAACUGAACCGUCGAAUUCCUACAGUGUAGCGAGGAGCAUGGACCCAGGGAACAAGAGGGCAGGAAAUGGAGAUUAUCCAGUUCCAUCUGGUGUAACUCCUAACCCAGUGAUGAAUGGGGCUGUGGUGUAUCACUCCAAUGAGCCGUUACCGGCAUUCAAAGAUGUGCCAGCGUCAGAGAAGCAGAAUUUGUUUGUCAAGAAGGUCAACCUGUGCUGCGCUGUGUAUGACUUUGCGGAUCCAACUAAGAACCUCAAGGAGAAGGAGGUGAAGCGCCAGACACUUAUGGAGCUUGUUGAUUACGUCACUUCUGCAAAUGGCAAGUUUUCAGAGGUUGUCAUGCUGGAGAUCACAAAGAUGGUGUCGAUUAAUUUGUUCCGGACCUCCAGCCCCACACCUCGUGAGAACAAGGCCAUUGAAGGGGUUGAUCUGGAGGAGGACGAGCCUCUCAUGGAUCCUGCAUGGUCACACCUGCAGAUCGUGUAUGAGGUUUUCUUGAGAUUUGUAGCGUCACAGGAGACAGAUGCGAAGCUGGCCAAGAGAUAUAUUGAUCAUUCCUUCAUUCUUAGGCUGCUAGACCUUUUUGACUCGGAGGACCCCAGGGAAAGGGACUAUCUAAAGACGAUACUUCAUCGAAUAUAUGGUAAAUUCAUGGUUCAUCGACCAUUCAUCAGGAAAGCAAUUAACAACAUAUUCUACAGGUUUAUAUUCGAAACAGAGAAACAUAAUGGUGUUGCAGAGUUGUUGGAGAUCCUGGGCAGUAUUAUCAAUGGCUUUGCCCUUCCGCUUAAGGAAGAGCACAAAUUGUUCCUUGUUCGUGCAUUGAUCCCUCUUCACAAGCCAAAAUGUGUAUCUAUGUACCAUCAGCAGCUAUCGUAUUGCAUCACACAGUUUGUUGAGAAGGACUGCAAACUUGCUGACACAGUUAUUAGGGGCUUACUUAAAUAUUGGCCUGUGACAAACAGUUCAAAGGAGGUGAUGUUCUUGGGUGAGUUAGAAGAGGUUUUAGAGGCAACACAGCUUGCAGAGUUCCAAAGAUGCAUGGUUCCACUCUUCCGCCAGAUUGCCCGUAGCAUGAACAGCUCUCAUUUCCAGGUGGCAGAGCGGGCUCUGUUUCUCUGGAACAAUGACCAUAUUGAAAACCUAAUUAAGCAAAACUACAAGGUGCUAUUACCUAUCAUCUAUCCAGCACUUGAGAGAAACUCCAGAGGUCACUGGAACCAAGCUGUCCGUAGCCUGACCCUGAACGUGCGCAAGAUCUUCUCUGAUCAUGAUUCUGCAUUUUUUGGGGAGUGCGUUCAGAGGUUCAAUGAUGAGGAGGUCAAGCAGGAGGAAUCUGAUUCGAAGCGAGAAGCCCUAUGGAAGCGCUUGGAGGAAAUGGCUGCCUCAAAACCUGGCGAAAACAAUCCCUUAGGUGCACCCAAUGGCAAACCCAGUCAAGCUGCUGGCUAGAAUAGCCCACCAUAUCAGCCGCAGCUGUGUAACUCUUUGACUCUCGUGCGAGAUCUCCUGGAACCUGGGUUGUGAUUUUUAGCUUUGGGAAUUUUUUUUGCGUUGGUUUGCCCCUGUUGUAGGUGGGUAGGAUGUGUUUGGUUUUGUCAGAACUGUAUGUUCAAAAUGUACACAUACAGAGGAAUUUGAGAGAUUUGGCAUGUGUAGUAACAUUAAUCAGAAUUACCAUAUAGUCCAAUAAACAACGUCGAUUUUAAUUGCAGAUACGCAGUUUGGGUGGUUUA